CUCUUCUUCUUCCAUAACCACGAAAUCACACAAUACAAAAUGUCAAACUGCUUGGAAGAAAGGCCGACGGCAAUUUGCAAUGCCAAAGGCGCUUCUUCUUUAUCACCGGCCAACCCUAAUUCACUCUCUCUCUUUAUAUAUCUUCAUUUUUCCAACCCUAGCUAGCUAGCUAGAUAUCAAGCACCGCCUCUUCCAAUUUCUUCUCUAUCACCAUGAACUCCAUUACUUCCGCUGAUUUGAAUUAUCUCCUCUUCCGUUAUCUUCAAGAAUCAGGUUUUACACAUUCUGCUUUUGCAUUAGGUAACGAGGCUGGUAUAAACAACAGUUCUACUGAUGGGAACUUGGUUCCACCUGCAGCUUUAAUUACGUUGGUGCAGAAAGGACUUCAGUAUAUAGAGAUGGAAGCCAACCUGAGUAAUGUUAGUACGCCAGACAUGGAUGGAGACUUUUCACUUCUACAACCCAUGGAACUCAUUACAAAGGAUGUAUAUCAGUUGCGAGAAUUGAUUAAAGAGAGGAGAAAAAAGAGCCGAACAGAGAGAGAAGAAAAACUUGAGAAGGAACAAGGAGCUCGUAGACGUGUGAGAGAUAAAGAAAAACAAGAGCGGGAGAAGGAGAGAAAUAGGGAGAGAGAUAAGGAGAAGGAGAAGGAGAGAAAUAGGGAGAGAGAUAGGGAGAAGGAAAAGGAGAGGGAGAGAGAUAGGGAGAAGGAAAUGGAGAGGGAGAGAGAUAGGGAGAGAGAUAGGGAGAGAGAUAGAGAGAAGGAGAGGGAGAAGGAGAGGGAGAGAGACAGGGAGAAAGAAUGUGAAAUAAGCACAACAAACGAGAUGGAAAAUGAGAAGGAGAAGCUGUUCAUUAAUCAAUCCAACAAGGACAUGAUCAUAGAUCAACAAGAGAAGUUGAUUAUAAGAGUAGCGGUAAAAGGCAUCUCAACUGGGCCUGAUUCAAUGGAUAUUUCAACCAAUCCUACUGAAAUCCCUAGUUCUGAUGUGACCAUUUUGGAAGGACACAAGUCUGAGGUUUGUGCUUGUGCUUGGAGUCCAUCAGGUUCUCUUCUUGCUUCAGCAUCCGGAGACUCCACAGCUCGCAUAUGGAAGCUUGGGGAUGGGGCUUGUAGAUCUAGUACAGAAAAUGGGAUUUCAAAUGUGCUGGUGCUGAAGCAUGCUAGGGGCAAAGGCAGUGAAAAAAGCAAGGAUGUUACAACACUUGAUUGGAAUGUUGAGGGAACAUUGCUUGCUACUGGUUCUUAUGAUGGACAAGCUAGAAUCUGGAGUAGAAAUGGUGAAUUGAAGACUACUUUGAACAAACAUAAAGGUCCAAUAUUCUCUUUGAAGUGGAACAAGAAGGGGGACUACCUACUGACAGGAAGCUUUGAUAAAACUGCCAUCGUUUGGGAUGUAAAGGCUGAGGAAUGGAGGCAAGAAUAUGAAUUUCACCAAGGACCAACCCUUGAUGUUGAUUGGCGAAACAAUGUGUCUUUUGCUACAAGCUCGACAGACAAUAUGAUUUAUGUCUGCAAGGUUGGGGAGGAGCUCCCUAUCAAAUCUUUUAAAGGGCAUCAGGGUGAAGUCAACUGUGUAAAAUGGGAUCCUACUGGCUCACUGCUUGCCUCUUGCUCUGAUGACAUAACUGCAAAGAUAUGGAGCAUGAAACAUGAUAGACACGUUCAUGACUUGAAGGAGCAUGAAAAGGAGAUAUAUACUAUUCGAUGGAGCCCAACUGGACCAGGCACAAACAAUCCCAAUCAGCAACUUCUUUUGGCAAGUGCAUCCUUCGACUCAACUGUUAAGCUAUGGGAUGCUGAGCUAGGGAAAAUGAUUUACAGCUUUAAUCGACACAGGGAUCCAGUGUACUCGCUUUCAUUUAGCCCAGACGGGAAGUACCUUGCUAGUGGUUCUCUAGAUAAAUCAAUACACAUAUGGUCUAUAACUGAAGGGAAAAUCGUUAAGACAUAUACAGGUAGUGGUGGCAUCUUCGAGGUUUGCUGGAACAAAGAAGGUGACAAGAUUGCGGCCUCUUUGGCCAACAACACUGUAUGUGUCUUGGACUUCAGAAUGUAGUUGCUUGUUACAUUACACCAAGGAAAGUAUAUAUUUAAUCCUCAUUCAUCUAAAUAGAUAGGUAGAUAGAUAGAUGAAACUCCUACAUCUGUUUAAACUUGUGUAUGCCAGUUAGGGAACAGAUGUGAGCCUUUUUCUUGCUAUUUGGUCUUAGUUUUACAUUAUGAUGAUCUCGACAGGGAAACCUUUUAUAUUUAUUAUGGAAUUCUUUUCUUAAUUGCUAGUUGGAAAUGCAAUUGAGAAUCCUCUUUUUCUCAUUUUUUUGGAUAUACAUUAUUUGCUUUAAGCAUGAACUUUAUCUGCUAUAUGAGCUUGUUUGAUCUUUGGAUUUAGGGUUUUUAUGGAUUUAUUUGAAAUAUCUUGUUUUAUAAGAGGGUGGGUUAUUUAGGAUUUGUAAUAUGCAUUCCUAAAUUAUUUUGGUAUUUUAGUUUAAUUCAAUGAUAAUGAUGUUUA